AUGAAGAUUGAGUUACACGUCGCGAAGGAUAUGAACUCGGUGUUCGAGACGCUUAAGAAACGUCUGAAUGCGAGGGGCAAAGACUUGCUUUACGUUACAUUAUGCAGAGACAUGAAAUCGCCCUUGCAGUAUCAGGUCGACUUCCUACACAGAACUGUCAGAGACUUCUUCAUUGAUCAGCAGGUUAUAAACCAGAUGAUGCGUACAAGAGAGACUCUUAGCUUCAGUCCCGCGCUUUCGGUUUGCAGAAUAAUGCUGGCUCUGAGUAAGGCUGUUCCAUUUUCGACCUCGGAACCGGACUUCAACCAGGUUUUUCUGUUUUCCGAUGGAUUGAUGCGUUGUGCUUGUACGGUUGAAGAGGAAUACGAGACAUAUCGCGUUGCUUCUGACGAUCGUUUACACGAUGCUCAAAAUGAUUUGAACCAGACCUUCCGACUACUAGACGAACUGGACAACACGAACACGGCUCGCACUGGUGAUCUCAGUGCCCACUGGACAAGUUUGAAAGAUAUUCCCAAGGGUGCCUUUCAGGAGCGCAAUUUAAAGAACUUCAUCGGAGCUGCCAUUCAAAGCAGAUUGUCCCUGUAUGUGAAGCAGAAGAUCACACAAAACAAAGGUCAAAUCCAGACUAAAAAGGGAAGACCGCUACUUGACUACGCCUUGCGGCCAACCAUGGUGACUCCUUUACAGCUUCCAAUCCAGGAAGGUCCAGUCCUCGCAAUUGUGCAAUUCCUCUUGGAGAAUGGAGCGGACCCGAAUGAGAAGCUGAAGAUAUAUGGCGGAAAGACUCCGUGGAGCCUGUUCCUUUCUGUUUGCUACGGGCAUAGUCUAGGGUCAGAUAAGUGUGGCCUUGACACUGACGAGAUUACCGGUACAAUGGAGUCAAUGCUUCUUCAUGGGGCAGAUUCGGCGUGCAUGGUAACAGAUAACCGCGACGAGCAGAUGAAUGUAUUAGAGAUUGCCGAACGCAUGGAGCUGUCAGAGUGCCGGGUUUGCCGAAUUCGCAAGGUUAUGAGGGCAAAGGAGACCACCCAACAGCCAGGGUUACUUAAGAGAGUCAGAACUCUGAUAUGGGGAGAGCUUGAAUAA